AUGUAUCCAAGUCACGUGGCACCAAAUGUGUCAGCAACAGAGCGUAUCCGAGUCACACAGCACCAAAAUAUUUUACCAGAACAAAUUAGUUAUCAGCUGCAUAACACUCAUUUUAAAAAAUCACCUUAUUGCCAGUAUUCUACCGCUCAGUUUCCUCCAGCUUUACAGUCUGAAUCUUUAUAAAGUCAUUUCAACACUUAUAGAUUGGAUCCACAGGACAGUGAUGGUGGACAGUGUGGAUUUAGUUCUUGUGAAUUAAAUAAAUCCACUUAUGUGGUUGCUCAUGAUGCUGAAGAUGGAUACCCUGGAAUAAAAAGGUCCAGACCAACCUAUUCUUCCUCGAGAAAUAAGGGACAGGAAGAAUUCUGUGUAGUUUGUGGUGAUAAAGCAUCACCAUCACCAUAUCAUUAUAAUGCACUUACCUGUGAAGGUUGCAAGGGUUUUUUUCAAUGUAGCAUCAACAAAAAUGCAGUAUAUAGUUGCAGGAAUGGUAGUCACUGUGAAAUGGACAUGUACAUGCGUAGAAAAUGUCAAGAGUGCAGACUGAAAAAGUGUAAGGCAGUAGGAAUGUUGGCAGAAUGUUUGCUCACGGAAAUCCAAUGUAAAUUAAAGAGACUUCAAAAGAACUUUAAGGAGAAGAAUCAUUUUUACUCUAACAUCAAAGUGGAAGAGGAAGGAGUAGACAACAGUUUUCUAUCAUCCACCACUAGAUCUGGAAAAGUGAUUCAGGAAAGCAUGGAACUAACUGAAGAGGAACAUCAGCUCAUUAAUAACAUUGUGGCUGCUCAUCAAAAAUAUACCAUUCCUUUAGAAGAAACAAAUUUGUAUCUGCAGGAACAUGCAAAUCCUGAACUGAGCUUUUUGCAACUCUCAGAGACAGCAGUCCUACACAUACGUGGGCUAAUGAAUUUUACCAAGGGGCUCCCAGGAUUUGAAAAUUUGGCCAAUGAGGAUCAAACUGCACUACAGAAGGGAUCAAAAACCGAAGUGAUAUUUCUCCAUGGGGCCCAACUUUACAGUCAGAAACAAUCAGCCUCUGAAAGUUCUGUGAGAAUAUUAAAUCAUUCAGAUUAUACACCAAAUCGUCACAAUAGGAGUGGUGAUAGAAGUCUUAUUUGUUCUAUGGAAAAAUUUUACAAUGAAGAAUGUCCUUCUACUACUCUAAUUGGAAAUACAGAAUCCGGGAAAGAAUUGUUCCUAGCGAUUAGGGAAAUCUCGCGAGAUUCAGGUCCUGGGAGCCUGGCAAGCCCACACAGCGACGGUUAUUUAGCCGUUGAACUGCCAGCCGCCCGGGGCCCACGCGCUCCGGGCCGCUCAGGCUGA